AUGCCACCGCUCAUGGAAGGAGAGGCUCUAGCAGCUAGGGUUUUAGAGAUGGGACCUAUCUCUGCAAAAUUUUUAGGGCCAGUGAUCUUAGAAGUACCGCACUAUGCUUCGCUCAGAGGCAAAGAGAGAGAAAUUGUCAUCUUGAGAUCAGACAAUGGAAGUAGCUGGCGAGAACAUAACACUGAUGCAACUGAUGAUGUCGUUCAGGACAUACUUAAUGAAACACUGGAGAUCGAAGAUACAAGUGAAGAAGAGAAGAGUUGGGAGGCUGCUCGUGUGACGCGCAUCUUAACACACGACUUCCCUCAAUAUUUCGCUGUCAUUUCCCGUAUAAGACAGGAGGUGCACGCUAUUGGCCCUGAAGGUGGUAUGGUGUCAAGCUCCGUAGUACCACAAGUCCAAGCCGUAUUCCCUCAAGGCGCUCUGACCAAGAAGAUCAAAGUCGGCCUCCAGGCUCAGAUAAUAGAUUCAGAGUUAACAGCAAAACUCUUGGGCCGUGGCGUCGCUGUGUCUCCCGUUGUAACAGUUGAGCCGAGAAGAAGGAAAUUCCACAAGGCAAUUACUCUGAGUAUGCCAGCUCCUCGACCACAUACCCAAGGAAUGACGAACCAGUACAGCACGUCCUCGGCUCCCACUUUGCGACUUCUCUGUUCCAUAUCAGGAGGCACGAAUCGUGCGCAUUGGGAAGAUGUCACUGAGAAUACACCACUAACGUUUGUGAAUGAUUGCGUUUCGUUUACAACGACUGUGUCGGCUAGAUAUUGGCUGAUCGACUGCAGGCAUAUUGAGGACGCAACCAAAAUGGCCACAGAGCUUUACAGGGAAGCAAUUCACGUACCGUUUAUGGCCCGUUUCGUCGUAUAUGCCAAACGUACAGACGAAACUCAGGCCCAGCUGCGAAUGUUCUGCGUCACUGAUGACAAGGAGGAGAAGGCGCUGGAACGUAUUGAGAGGUUCAUCCAAGUCGCCAAGAGUCGGGAUGUUGAGGUGCAUGAAGGAAAACCAAUAUACCUAGAGUUUGGUGGAAACCUGGUACCAGUUGCGAAGUCUGGAGAACAACUCUCCAUACCGUUUAGAGCCUUCAGGGAGAACAGGGUUGCGUUCCCGGUCAUGAUAAAGACGCAGGACCUGGAGCCGAUAUGCCGCUGUCAGUUCAUGAGGGACCCGAAGGUGCCGAAGGGAGAACCCUCGCCAACACCGAUUGCGACGUUGAAUAUCAUGGUACCUGAUGACAUACCAGCAGAACGAAUAUCCCCUGUGCAAUCUGAUACACUACCACGUCGCACUGAAGAGCAGGAGAGAAUCUGGAGACAACGGCUUAAUGACCCCAGGUUAGAAGACAUCUGCAACCUCCUGGGCAAAGACUGGGUGGCGCUGGCAUACGAGCUCGGUGUUAGUGUAGCCACUGUGAACCAGAUUCAAGCUAAGCGUAUAACAACGUCUGAACAAGCACAGCUUAUGCUCAAAUUGUGGAAAACACAAUCUGGAACGAAGGCACAAGACAACUCAUUAGAAUUGGCGCUAUGUCGUAUCGGUAGAGAUGAUAUAAUUGCACCGCAAUCAGAAAUAACUAACGAGAGGCGUAUUCAACGUAAUAUAUACCAAGAGAGGCAAGCGUCAGAAGAAAUCGAAGCUUAUAAAGCUGAAGAGGAUAACAAACUCAAAGACACAAUGGACUCUAGUCAAAUUUCUGAACGAACGCACACGGAGGAUAUGGACCAAGAUGAAGCGAAAUAUUCACCGGAGGAAAAGAGUUUCAUAGAUAAAAGUGAAAUGGAACGUACUCCCACACCAAGUGAAGAAAGCGAAGAAGAUGAAGACGUGAAACGAAGCGUGGCAGAGAGAAAACAGCAGAUCACCAAAAAACUAAGUUCCAGCAAAAUACCAGCGUCCAAACAAAAGAAAGAGAUUCGCGAGGAAAUCAUUGAGAUUAAAACUCAAAUUAAACCCGAUAUAAAGAAAUUUCAAGACAUCGAACAACAGGUUAAGGAAAAGGAACCUAAGUUGGAAAGGACUCGAUCAAAAACGUCACCAGAAACGAUUGAAUUGGAAGAGCAAGGAGAAAGUGAAGUUAUCGUAGAAAAGAAAGAAGAAAUGAAAGAGCAUAAAGUUGAACAAUUUAGGAAAUUUGAUCCUUCUUCUCCUGCCAAACCUACACCUAAGCAUUUACAACGGCAUAUGCGUAAUGAAUCCAUGCGGUUUCCUUCAGGCGACUUUUCUAAUAUAACUAUUACUCCGAAAAAAAGCAUGACUACUGAAACUGUAGUUAGAGAAAAAAAAGAAAGUUUUUCAAGAGAGGUUAUUUCACAAAAGGAAAUAGAGAGGGCUAGACUCGAGGAAAAAUUGGACGAUGGGGAAAGAUCACCUGAUCUAGUUGAAGAAAAGGAUGUAGCUGAAGCAACCUUAAAAGAUAAAAUAAGCGUGUUUGAAACUAAAAUAACAAAAGAACCAGAAAUUGUUCCAGCGAAGACAAUAAAGUUAACGAAGGAAGCUUUGAAAAAACACACUAUGGAGCACGAGCAAAGUGUUGAAUAUACGCAAGAGUUUAUUAGAGAACAAGCAAAACAAAUGGAAGCAGAAUCUGUGAUUCAAAAGGUGGACCUUGAAACCACAAAACAUACAGAAGUUGUGAAAACGGUGAAAGAAACUAUUCAGCAGUUUGAUUCUAAAAUUAAAAAAGACGAUAAAACAAAAUCUUUCACAAAAUCUGCACGAACAGAUUCAACCAUUGUACAGGUAUCUUCCGAAGAAGACAAUGAAUUCCUUAAAAAGUCUACUGACUCUGAAACAGAGACGGAAUCACAGACCACAGUUAAAGCUGAAAAGGACAGAAUAAGAAAAACGGAUUUAGAUAAACAAGUAUUUCAUCCUACAACUACUCUGAAACAUAAAUUAGACAAAAAAGAUGACCAAGACAAAAAAAAUGAUGACGAUGAUCGUCGCGACCAGCAACCUAUUUUUAUAAAGGAAAAAAGAAUUGAAAAACAACUAACGGAUGAGCUGCGUAGUAAAGUUAGUGAAGAAGAAAUAACAGAAACGCUAGAGGAAAAGGACGUUUCCUUGGAUGAAAGUAAGGAGAGGGUAACAAGUACCAAAUCUGAAACUAUCAAGACAAUAACAGAUUCUGGAGAAUUGGGGGCGCGUGAAGAAGAGCAAAUAGUGAUGCAAGAGUCACCUUUGCCUUCUGCUGCGGAAAAGGCUGAUUCUUUGGGCGACUUACAGCAGAGCACUGAAAAAGAUAUCAGUUUUAUUUCACAAACUGAGUCAAAGGUAUAUUCUAAGCAUAGAAGCGACUCAUUAGAUGAAACAUCACAGUUUUCGGAUUUAGAGGACCAAAUAGGAAUGAGUCCUGCUCACAAACCGACACUCGGUAAACAAAUUGAAGAACCAGAGGAUGUCAUUGCAGCAAUCAAAAUUGAAUCGGCGCGAGCACAGACCCAAGAGUUUUUACAAUACGAAACGGAAUACACUUCCCGUAAUCAGAUUGCGUUGGGUCAGAAAGAAGCCGACAAGAUACCGCCUAAAGAAUCACCUGUCAUAAGCGCAAAAGCACGUCACUUUAUUGAAACUGUUCCAGAAGAUGAUUCAGUGCAGGAAUGUUUCUUUUCUAAACGCAUAUACUCCGAUUCAUUAGAAGAUUCUGAACAUACAGAUUCUAGGCGACAUUCUGAAGCGGAUUCUUUAAAAUCAGACCAAUCUGAUAUGAAAGCUAAGGUAUCAUCGUCGGACUUUGAUGAAAGAGCUGAAUAUGAAGCAACGGCUGAUUCAGGUAGUGGUUUUGGUGAUGAAAAAUUUGAAGAAAGCGUAGGGUUUACGUCUAUAAGAAUCGAGUCUAAACAGUUAGAUUCAGAUAAACAAAGUACAAGUACAAGUGAAGAAAAAGAAGUAGAUGUUGUUUUUAAAAAAAUGACUCCGAAACGUCAUUCUCGAACUGAUUCUGUUUCUAUAUCUAAGCUAAGUGAUUUAAUUACGGAUACAGAGCCAUUAAAAAUAAAACAAGAAUUUCAAAUGAUUGUGACAGAGGCAGAAGAAAUAGAUAAAUCCUUCGAAAAAGAUGAAAUUUCUGACAAAAUAUCCUCAGAAAGUAGUAGAGAAAUUGAAAUUUCUGAUAGAAAAUCAUCAGAGGGAGUUUCUGAUAGAAUAAGUUCAGAAGAUGCUGUGACCGACAAGAAAACGUCUUCAGAAGAAGAAGUUCAAAAAGACAGUGAGCAAGCUUUAGAAACAACAAAGUCUGUUAAGGACAUGAUUAAAAAUUUUGAAAAUACUAAAACAAGUCAUAAAGAUGAAUACAUUGAUAAAGAUCUAAAACGUCAAUCUGUAGCGUCAGUAGAAUCUGGGUCUAUUAGCGAGCUACGCCUGGAUGAAAAACGGCCAUCUGAUGCACGCAGUUUAACAGAAUCAAAAGAUUAUACUUUUGAGGAGUCAGAAGAUGAUAUAAGAACUCAGGGCACACAUGUGGAGUUAAUAGAAAGAUUUGAUGCAAAGGAGCCUGACAGUAAAACAUCACAUGAGGGUAAAGAAGAAACGCCUAAAGUGCCUAAGCUAAUCCACGGAGAUUCAUUAGAUGAUGUAGAAGGCUUUCCUGAAGAUCAUGUCGCCGAUUACAUCCACAAAUUGCCUCAUAUAGCUGAAGUCAGCGCAGACAAAAUGAUAACUAGUCAGUUUUUAAGUAAAGAACGAGGAGAACAGGUUCACAUGGAAACCAAAGAUGAUAAAAAAUACGUAGGUAUUAGUGAUCGAACUGAAGAUUUUAAAUCUGAUUUUGUGCACGAACUUGAAAAUAAAUCUAGAGAACCAGAAUCUACCUCAGAUUUACUAGAUGAAUCAAAAGAAACAAAACUUGAAGAAAAAAUUGGCCCAGAAGGUGAAAGAAUCACGGUAACCACAGAAACGAGUGUAGUUUCUAGCCAAGACGGAGAGGAAUUGAAAUCUUUUAAAAAAGACGACAAAGUGAAACGAACUUCUACCGCUACUGAAACGAUCGUUAAACCAGAAGGCGAGACAGUUACUACUACUACAGUUAUAGAAACUUUCGAUACACCAGAAGGGGAAAUUACAAAAAAAACUGUUACUGAAAAAACGGUUUAUCCAUCUGGACGGGAAACAAUUUCUACCAAGGUAUCGGAAUCAAUGAAAUGUUUUAUCCAAAAAGUUAUUAGUGAAGAAGAAGAUAUAAAAGCCAGUGUCACGGAAAUAUCACCAUUAUCCAAAGUUACGGAGAGCAGAAAAACGGAAAAGAAAUUUGAAAAACAGGAAGACUCAGUAUAUGAACCUAAAUUUGAUGUCACGAAAAUAAGAACUGAUACACUAAGUAAACUGGAAAUUGCUGAAGCAAUGGGGGAUGAAAAAGAUCUAAAAAAGGCGGUUCCGUCAGAUCUAACACUGAGAGAUCUAUCAGAUAUUACAAAAGAACAAAUAAAACCAGUAAUAGAUGAUAUACUACAAAAAGGUACCAUAGCAGCUGCUACAAAAAGUCCUACUUCUGAAAAGGACUUCAAAGUUAAAGAGACCGUGGAGUUGGAAAAGAGAAAUUAUGAUGCCAAAGUUCCCCAUAAAGAGGAACGCCGACAUUCUUGUGUCAGUCCAGCAAUUUCUUUAGAAAGAAUAGCCGAAUCUGAAAUCGAAGCAGAAGAAGAUAUACUGAGACUCACAAAAAUCCCGUCAUUUGUCCAAAAAGAUAGCGCAAGAAUAGAAUUAAAAAAGUCUGACUCUACUAUGAAGCAAAUGGCAGACAAUAUAGAAAUCAUAAUAAAACAGGCUUCCGAAGAAGUUGACAUGUCAUCGGAAGAACCUGUUUUCGACUGCGAUGUAUCCCCAGACAUUAAGUCAAAUAUCGAAGAUAAUGAAACUACUUACGCUGUCACUGUCGGCAAGAAAGAAGAUAAGUUCAAACGAGAUAUUAAUAAAGACAUCAGCCUCGAAGACACUAAAGUAAUUAAGGAAAGACCUGCUUUGAUGAAAUCUUUAUCACGUGAUAGCGGGGAAGUUGUCAUAAUGCCAAAGAAAAAGCACGUAAGAACAUUUUCUGUACAAAGUUCACCUGAAGAAGUGGAAGAACAAAUUUAUACAGAUUCAGAAUCGGAUAUGGAUAAAGCAAAAGUGUUGGAAAUAAUUGAACCUACAUCCGACAUGGAAUGCAAAGUUAUCUCAACAAGUUUUGAUACAAGAAAAAUACGAACCGACUCCUUAGACGAUGCCGAUGAUUUUCCAGAGAAAGAGGGCGACUUUUUUGAAGAAGGUAAACCCCUUUCGGAACCCGUGCAUUUUGGAGAAAAUAAUCUUCAAAAAAAGUCUCAGGAGCCGGGCUCUAGUGGUAACCAGGGAACCACGGUAGAAAAACAAACGGAUAAAUUUGUUAAGAAAACUCAUUUUGUGGACAGUAUAAUGCGAUCGGACUUAAUUUCAAAGUCUACGACUGAAUCGUCGGUUACAACAGUUAUUUCUACAUUAACGAAAUCCUCAGAGGAAGAUCAAAAAUCGGUAUUAGAAGAAGGCACAUCGGGAGACUUCUCAAAAUUAAGUGGAGCCGAUUUAAUGAAAGAUUCGUCAAGAGCUUCGUUAGAUCAUAAGGAAGAAGAUAAAGUUGAAGAACAUUUCGAGGACCGAGCUACUCCUGAUUUGUCAAAAAAAUCGCUAGAUUUGACUAAAGAUUAUUCAAAAUCUUCAAUCGAUAGUAAAGAUACUUCGAGAGAUUUUGCUACAAAUGAGUUAUCUAAAGACUCUACUGUUGACUUAACUAAAGAUUUCUCAAAAACAUCAAUCGAUAGUGUUAAAGAAACAUCUCGAUCACUCGAAGAGAAAACAUUUUCUGAAGAUCACUCGUCUAUGGAUGCUUCUAAAACAUUGGCAUCCGAUGCUUCAGAUGGCAUAACGGUUAGUAAGGAUUUUAUUGAAGAAGAAAGAUCAUUUUCAAAGGGACAGCACGUAUUAUCAAGCUCAUCUCAUGAAACUUCAUUGAUGACAGAGAGUAAAUUUUUAAGUGACCUCGAUGACACAUCAGUAGGCAAAACCAGAACUUUUGACACAGAAAAAAAUCCUGAAGUUACGGAAACGGAUGAAAAUCUGAAAGCACAAGGAGAAAAAACAUCUCUAACACUUGACGGCCAUAACAUAGUCACUUCAAAAGAAGAAAAAGUAACAGAGAUAGUUAGUAAAGAAGAAGAAAUUGAAAGUAGAGACAUGACCGAACUAAAUAGGAGGUGUUCCAGUCUCCUUGAAGAUAUAUCAACUCAAGGUGCUCUAAUCAGAAUUGAUGCAAGCCAUAUAACACAUGACCUAGUAACGAAACUAUCGAAGACUCCUCCCCCGUCCCCCGUAGAUCUAAUAAUGCGCGACAAAACGAAACCUGGGGAUGGUUGUGGCGAUAAACAGUCCGGGCUACAACUAACAGGUUCGGAACCCUACUUGGAUGCAAGUAGACAGUCGCCGCGAGCAUCAUCAGGUGGUGAUAGCCUUAUCAGUGAAACGGAUGCUCAUCAAAGCGAUAUCUUAUCGGAAGCAUCAAAGGUCCUAAGAACUGCCGCAAUACCAAAAUCACCAACAAAACAUUUGGCCGAUAAUAUGGCAUUCGUAAAUGUCGACCAACCAACUAUCACCAGUGGCGCGAAAGACCUUGUUGAUCGAACUAUUGAAAAAAGUAUUGACGUUAUUGAUCAAAUUAAAAAGGAACAACUUGCAGUUAAAAUGGAAGAAUUGCAGAGAUCGACAUCCUCUGAUACAUUUUAUAAGGAAUCGCGUGUAGAAACCUCUACGUCGUCGUCAUCAGUUCACAAAACUGUAGAAGGAUCCCAGUUGGUUUUUCAAAGUAUAGACCCUAAUGCAGUUAUGUCUGAUAUGAUCUCUAAAUUUGGGACUUUAAGUGAACACGGUACCGUUCUAUCGCAUAAAGAAACAGAAACUACGAAAAUAUCAGGUCAGGAAUAUUUCUCCGAAACAAAGCAAGUGUCAUCUUCGGAUGAUGAUUCGCUUAUUAUUAAAACACAAAGAAGUCAUGAACUUAGAGGCCAAGAGCAUGAAAUAAAAGAAAAAAUGACAAUACGAAAAGAUGGAGACCAAACAGAAACAUCGCAGAAAAAAAUGGAAAGAGCUCACGAAGCGACUGCUAAAAGGUCUGAUAUUGAAACAAAAACUGUUAUUAAGAGUACAGAUGAUACAGACAUUGUAAAAGUUGAAAGAGAAUUUUUAGAACAAGGUUUGUAUAGUGGAAGGCAAACUAAAUCCGAAGAACGUAUGACAGCCCUUAAAGAUGACACAGUCAAGAAAAAACACGAAAUCAAAAUAUCUGAACGUGAUUUAUCACACGAACAAUGGGGAAAAGAAUAUUUUACCCAACCAGGUGAAUUAGAAGACAUACAUGAAGUUGACGACUCAAAAAUUAAAGCUUUCGUAGAUACCUCUUUGAAAAUAAUCGAAAAAGAUGAAGUAGUAUCAACAGUCGAGGUAUCAGAGAAGGGAAAGGUAGUUAGUUCUAAAGUCGAGCACCAUAAAGAUGAAUCUGUAAUUGAAAGUAAAGAGCACGAUGAUUUAAGUUCAGAUGUUUCGCAUACCCAUAGUUUCAAAAGUGAAUCUGCUGAAAGGCGUAGUUCUACUGAAGAAAGUCCAAAAAGCAAAUCUAAAUCGUUUAAAAAAGAGGACGAAACGUAUGAGGUUAAUUUUAUUAAAGAAAUAAAAAUAUCAACCUCACCUGUCAAAAGUAGUUUUAGUAGAACUGGAAGCCAAGAUACACAUUCUGAAUCUGAAGUCGCACCUGAGUUGCCUCAAGACGCUGACACACCCAAAAAAGAAAAACUCUUAAAAUCACCUGUGAAAAUUCCUCAACACCAAAUAGAAGAACAAAUUUUAGAGGUAUCAUUUAAAAAUUCCGAGGAAGGAGAUGUAAUUAUUGACAAAUCAAAAUCAACAGUAUUUCAAUCUAUUGAUAGCACUAUUACAAAAAGUUCUGAUAGUGAUACAGUAUUAGAAAUAAAACCAACCGAAUUGAAGACGGAUUUGACAAGUAAAACAGACAUUAUAUCUCCUAGUACCUUAGAAGGUUCUGAAGAAAUAAGUACUUCUAGAGAUAUAAUGGUAAAAUCUGCCGAUAGUGUAGACACAGAAUGUAUGAUUAAGUCAUUAGAAUCACACGAAGCAGAAAUUCUACAAAAGUCUAUGGAUUCUACAGUUAGCGCAGAAACAUUACAUCCAUCAGAAUUUUCUACUGAAGCAGAUUCUGCAUUUCUUACUGGAACUGGAACAGAUCCAAAAAAAGAAGAAAUGAAAUUAACAAAAGAAAAGAGCACUGAAGACAUAUGUAGUAGUGGCUAUGAUACUGAUCUAUCUUCUGCUGAAUUUCAAGCAGCAAAACAAGAAAAAGAAAAGAUUGACUUGGAUUCCUUAAUUUCAACUCAGCCAUUUACUGACUUAUCAGUCUUAGAAAAAACUAUUGAUGAAGUGAAACAAUCCCUAGAGGCGGCUCAGGGUGAAAUAAUUAGUGAAAAGAGUGAUGGAAGUAUAAAGUAUAAGCAAUCACCGUCGGAAUUUCAAUUUAAAAUACUGAUUAGCCCCGAUAGACCUGAAGUCAUUACUGAGGAGCCUUUGGCCAUUGAAGAUUUAAGUAAAUCUUUAAGACAAAUAGAAAGAGAGGAUAAGAGUCAAAUCUCUGAGAGUAUUUCACAAAAAAUCAGCUCUCAAGAGGAAAUAAGUUUGUCAGACACUGAUCUUAAAGACACAGUUCAUAUUAAAGAAUCCAGUCCACCCUUAGAUGUUGACACGUCUAUUAAGUCAGAUAGUGGGCCUCAUUCAAUCUUAGAAACUGAAAGUGAAAUUUUCUCUGAUAGAGAAUUAUCUUCAAAAGGUAGCCCAGAAGUAAAACUUAGAGUCCAAAAACACAUCAAAACAAAACUAGGAGUCGGAGAAAGGCGAUCAGCAUCGGAUAUUGAAGGGUGGUCAAGCUCUGGAGAAAGUCACUAUCACAGUUUCGAACAUUCAGAAAGUAGACCUCUGUCUUCUGAUAUUGAAGUUAUGAUGACAGCACAAAGCGGUACGGAGUUUGAAACAGCGUUAACAAGUCACGAUGUAUCCUCACAAUCGCUCAGAACUUCAAAAGAUUAUUAUACAGCCUGCAGUUCACUUGCAUCAAGGGAUAGUGUAAAAAGCUUAGACUCGGAUGGUUCGAGUCAUAUAGCAAGUAUAGAUAUAUCAGAUGCAUCAGAAACUUUGGUACCAUCGGCAAAUGAGCUAAAGGAAGAAUUAAUGGAAAGUAGUACAUAUAUUGAACAAUUUUUACAUGAGACUGAGAAGGAUAAAAAGAUUUGCGAUGUAGAAGUAUCCGGUGAUGAAGAGGAUUACAAAGAAGACGCCGUUGAACCUAUUAGUAAAAUGAAACGUUCACAUGAAAUGAGGUUUCAACCCAAAGACAUGAUCCCUGAACACUUUCCAUUAACAACGACUUCAGAAAGUACGGAAUUUGAUGAAGACUCUUUAAAAGACAAAGAAAUAUCAGAUACAACUAUUUCGAGUCAAUUAAAAACGGACGAAAUUUUAUCAUCAUCCAUUUCUAAAGUUGAUAUGUCAUCAUCAAAAUCACAGUUAGAUUUGAACAAAGAAGAAAUAAUAGAGACUGUAAUUAAAGCAUCGUCACGCUCUGAUCACACUGUCCCAUUCUCAGUAACUAAAAUUGAAAGACCUCAAAGAGAAUUUGUUGAUGUUGACAGUCAAAUUAUUCCAGUUGGUUCUGUAGAAUACAAAGAAAUUGAACAGUUUGGUAGUAUUAUUACUGAUUCUACUACAAAAACAUUUAAAAAUGAAACAGUUAUUGAAAAAACCAUUUUAUCAAGUGAAUCUAGUGUACCUAUGAAAAAUGAAACUUUACCAGAAGUUGAAGUCAAAGAAGUAUUUGUGAAAAAAACGGUGCAUGAAAUAGAGGCUGUACCGUUUCCGAUAACUGAUAAACCCACACGAUUGCGAGAAUUUGUUGACAUUGAAGAAGACAUUAUUCCAGUAGGCUCUAAGCAAUAUGAGGAAAUAUUAAAAUCAAAAAGCGAUUCCUCGGUUCCUAAAACCAAAGCUGAAAAAUCUGUUAUUAUUUCUGAAGAGGGUAAAUUGGAUAGCAAACCAAGUUCAUCAUCUAGUUUAAAAACCCAAGAACAUAUGUCAACUCCGCAUACUCCACUAUCUGCACCUAGUCAAAGUUCCAUAUCUACUGAUAAUGGACGUGAAUAUAUAUUAGAUGAUAUUUAUGAUAUAUCAGAAACACCAGAAUUGAAAUCCGAAAUAUUUACAGAAAGUAGUAAAUCAGAGCUCUUAGUUACUACCGACGAUAGAACGUUACGUCAUUUUGAAAAAGACCAAGAUUCUCCAACUAGCGACGAAUUUGAAAUAGUUGAUAAGCCGAGCGAAAUAGAUGACUUUGUUGUGAUAGAAGAGGUGGCUAAAGAAGCUCAAGAAACAGAUCCAGAAGGGAAAAGUUUGCAGAUUAAAGCACAAAAAUAUGUUGCACGUCAUGACACUGAAGUAGAAGAAUACCUGACAAAAGCAUCAAAGAAGCAAGAGAGUACGAGUAGCACUUCCGGAUCGUCUGAUGAUGAUAUGCAAUAUGAAAUGGAACAAAGAAAGUUAAAAGCACAAGAGUUAGCCGAAAUAGAAGCAGGUAAACGUUGGAUUCAAAUGCAGUUUGAAGGAGAUCCUCGAUAUGACUACGAAAGAAUUCCGUUAGAGGAUAUAAAAGAAGAGGAAAUGACAGAUUUUGAUGCUAGUAGAAUUGGCAGUCUUAGUUCUCAAAAGGAAUCAAUAGGCAGUUACGGAAGCUUCAGGAACUCAUACGGAAGUCUAUCUGAAUCGGAAAUGGCUUCACGUAUGAGGUUUAGGAUCAAAGGUGAAAAUGAUGAUAUAUCAAUAAGUUCUCUUCAAGAGUUUGAAAAUCUUGAAAGAGCUUUAAUGGAACAAUACCAGCAAAAUUCUUCAUCAUCUCAGGAUUCUCUUAAUGGAUCUUUACCACGCAGAUAUGUUUUAAGUAAAAGUCAAGGAGAAGAGAUAGAAAUUUCUAGUUUAAAAGAAUUUGAAGGGUUAGAGUCAGCUUGUUUAGAAGCACUAAAAGCUGAACUUCUCGCUAAGCAAAAAGAAGCUCUUUUGCUUGCAGAUCCCAAAGUAGUUAGCGGAAGCUUCUUAGAACAAGAAAAACGUUCCUAUGAUAGUAGUUCAGACAGUAGUCCACCAAUAAAGAGCGGUAGUCCUAGUCAAAAAUCUGGAAGUCCGUCACAAAAGAGUGGUAGCCCAUCUCAAAAAAGUGGGAGCCCAUCGCAAAGGGUUGGAAGUUAUGGUAGUCCUUCCCAGAAGUUACUAGCAGAUUCGGCAGCAAUAAGAAAAUUAAUUGACCAGCAACUAGCUUUGGAACAACGUAUGCAGGAAUCACGGCCAAAAAUUGUAACCGUCAAGAAAUACGACGAUAAGGGCGCUUAUUUUGUACCCGUACCCGAACCAGAAAUAUCUGAAACAAAGUCGGUCGAAGUUACUGAAGAAUGUAAAAAAACAUCAUCAUUUGUUUGUGCUGCAGCUCCAAGUGAUGGGUCUGCAGAGUCCAUUCCUGGAGACUGUGAGGAAAUGAUGAAGAUUUUAGAUCAAGAAGAAAAAACAAAAGAUAGAAAUCAAGCGCUUUUUGAUGGAAGAACAACUGAAGUAGUUAAAAUGACUACAGUAAUUACACAGCGUUUUGUUGAUGGUAAAAAGAUAUCGGAGACCGUUUCAGGUUUAGAGGGCUCUGGAGGAGUUGACAUACCUGCUAGAAUUACGCAUUACGAUGAAACCGGAAUGUCUCUUAGCUCAGAAAUGUCAUCUUCUUUAGCAUCACAACCUUCAGAAUUGGAUAGUUUAAUGACAGUUGUAGAGAGGCAGAACACAGAAGAUGAAAUCGUUUCCUUCUCUAGACAAACGUUGACAUUAUCCGCGGAAAGGCCAGAGGACUUAGACUUCUCUAGAGAGGGAAGCGUAAUACGCGAACUAUCGCCCUCCUCUGGGAGGUCGGUAGCUCAUAGUAUCGUUUCUGGUAAACAUUUUACAGAUCCCGCUAGUGGUUCAUGGAGCGCUCAAGACGAGGAACUGAGUUCAUCCGGAAGUUUCAGCAGAGCUCGUGCGGACCUUAUGCUUGGCAGUACAGACAGCUUAGAAGCAACAAGCUCAAAUGCCACACGAGCCACUUACAAUUACGAGGUCGACACCCCAAUGACUGGAAGCCUAACUUCUGGAGCGGUCCCACCUCUAGGGUCCAACACGAUGGUGUCAUCUCUGGAUACGCUGGACCCUGUGACCGCGGUACAAAUGGAGAGUCUUGAACAUCAGUCCAUGAGUGAACAUUGCUCACAAUUUGAAGUCCACGAACCCGAUUCGGAUACAGAGAGGCUGGAAUUGGAUGGCCGCAUACCAAAAACAAAAGAACGCACAAUAAUGUUUGAUAGCACGGACACGUUGAGUGCAGUUAGCGCGGACAAUUCUGUCAGAGAGGCUACGAUUGAAGGGCCCGCUGCAACCUUUUAUAUUGGAGAUACGCCAAUUUUAAGAGGAGAACGACGAGAUGAGGAAGACCAGCCGACAACACUCUCCGGUAGCUGUCCAGCAUCAUUGCCGCCGACUACGCAAUCACCUACGCCCAUACCUGCUCAAAGAAGAUCGUUGACAAUGAUCGCCAAGCCUCCAAACACAAGCUUAGAGGAAGAAGCAAAGAAGUAA